AUGGAGUCGAACAGUCUCGAGAGGGCCUCCCAGUACCUCAACAACCUUCUGCUUGCCCGCGGCCUCCUCUCCAAUGGGAAACCAAUCGAUUUCGCCAGACCCGACCGCAGCGGCAAGGGAACAGAUGCGACAAUGUCCCGGGUCAUCAAUCUUGUCCACAACUUGGUCUUGCGACGCGACCAGGACGCUGAACAACGAGAAAUGCUUGCGAUGAAGAUUCGCGCCACCCGCGCCGACGAAUCUCAGCGUGUUCUUGAUCUCCAGAGACUACAAGAUAAGAAUGCAGAACUGGCGCGAGUCGCGGCGUCGGCAGAAUCGGUAGAGCGAGCCUUGAAGUCAGCCGCUCGAAAGGCCGAGAUACAAGCCAAGGAACUUAAGGAUCAAAUGUUGAAAAUGAAGUCUACAUUGGAUCAAGUUCGUGCCAAAUGUCUGAGUGAUGUUCGAAAACGUGAUGUCGAGCUGGACAAACUGAAGGCUCAUCUGGCCGGACUACAACGCGGCAAAAAGGAUGCGUCGGGCAUGAAAAUCAAUGUUAUAAACUGGGAGCCGGAAACCAAAGGCCAGGAACGACGGAACGGCCAGAACGUGGACAGUACGGAAUGGAGCUUGGAGAAAGAGACGAAUGACUUUCUGGCGGCGGUGCUGAACGAAACCAGCGCUGAAAAUGUCUCCCUAAGGCGUAUCGUCACUGAUACCAUGAAGAUACUUUCGGAUCUGACCGGCCUGUCUGAGACAGCCACCGAACAACAUCUUGAUCCGGAGGGAGUUUCGUUCGCAGGCUCCAAAGAGCCUGGCCACUCAAAUCGGGAACAAGAUCAGUCGGACCACGGUCUGACAUCAUGUGCGGCUUUGGCAGACCAGAUGAGUUCGAUUCUGAGCCAUUGCCAGUCGAUUCUCAGGGAUCCUUCCUUCGUACCAAUCGAGGAAGUUCACAUACGCGACGAAGAAAUCAUCAAGUUAAGGUCGGGCUGGGAAAAGAUGGCAACCAAGUGGAAAGAAGCAGUGGCCAUGAUGGAUGAAUGGCGGAAACGCAGUGGUGAGCGAGGCGAAGUCCUGUCUAAUGAUGACUUCUCGGCCUUCCAGCUCGGCCAAAGUGUUGCCAUGCUGCCCAAUGGACAACCUGUGUUUGCCAUCGACGAGGAUUUACAUUCCGGAUUAUAUGAAGACUGCAACCUAGAGAACCAGUCUGUACCAGAGACCGAACAACAGCCGCCGGAGCCUUUACAGGAAGGCUUGGAUGAAGAUGAAGGCCAAGAAUCGGAUUUUGAGAUUCCACUUGAGCCCACCGCUAAACGAUUUGCAUCAAGCCCUCGCCGUGCCCGUCUGAACAUCGGCAAACCAUUGCGACCUUUAGAAUCCAAUGAUCACAAUCUAAAAGCAUCGCCGAACCGAAGCGCCGUCACCAGGGGCAUUCCGAAGCACGCUGCGGAAUGGGAACAAGACGAGGAAAAUCAAGGGCCUGCUCAACAAGACGAAGAUAUGACAAUGUCAGUGGCGGAGAAGCUAGCCGCUGUCGAGGCUGAGGCAGUAGAAGCGCAAAAACUCUCGUCACAACAGGCUAAGAAACGGAAGCAGGCCGGCAGCCAGAGAUCAAAAAGGGCUACCAGACGGCGGAGCACGCUUAGUCCGGACGAACUUGCUGCACUGAUGGGUAUAGAAUAG